UUUGACAACGACAAGUUGACAAAUCUUUUAUUUUCCAUGCUUCCUUUUUCUGUAAUUUUCUAAUUAUUCAUUUGUAUUUUGGAAGCGCUUGGACGCGAUAGUAACGUAAAGGAUUUGUGGACAAGUGAUUUUCACCUACCGGCAAAUAAUUUUCAAGCCGUUGAUUCUAAAACCUCAUCAUGACUUUGGGAACUUAUAAUAGACAUCAAGCUCAGAAGAAAAAGCAAGCAGCUUUGGCAGCGGCGUUUCCCCAGGGGAUUCGUUGUCAGAAGUGCUUGGAAUAUGGGCACUGGAGUUACGAGUGUACAGGGAAACGCAAGGUUUUGGUGCGUCCUUCUCGUACGCAAGUGCUGAAGAAAAACCUGAAGUCGCGGGAAGAGGGCUCCUGCAGCAAUGGCAGUUGCAAGAUACCCAACAAAAAGAAACGCUCAGACUGCGCAGACUGCUCUGAUGACAGCUCUUCAGGCAGUUCCUCAGAAUCCGACUCUGGCAGCUCGGAUGACUCUGACAGUGGCAGCAGCAGUGACUCGGAAAGCGAUUCGGGUAGCAGCAGUGGGUCAGAAUCUGGCUCAGACUAUUAAGGACUUAGUGUGUAUCUACUUAACGCUGGUAUUAGGAAAUAUUUUUUAAGAUUUUUAAUUUAAUUUUGGGCUGUGUCUGUACAAAGUUACUUAUAUGUGCUUAUGUGUUAAAAUUGAGUUUUAAGAGCCCAGUAUUUUCAGCUAAGAGAUGCUUAGAAAGGCCUCCCAUGACAAUUUAAUUGACCUGAAGGCUUGCUAGAUAAAGGUCAGAGAUGUUAUAUUUUUGUGAGGGGUACCUGCAAAUAUUGUCACAAAUGCAUGUAAAGCCAACACCAAGUCUUCAUUAUAUAAUUUAUCUAAAUCUAAAGACCUAUCUUUAGUUAAUUUGAAAAAAUAACUUCAUCUUCACAUUUUUUUUUUAAGUUUCACCUAUAUUCUACAUUGAAAUAUGUAAGUUUUUUCUAAUGCCAGCUAUAAGUACCCCCAGUUUAAUAGUUACGAUUUGAAAGUAGUAUACUAUCACCAGAUUGUGUCAUAAUGCUGGACAUUGAAUAUGAAAUUAGUUUAAAAUGACACUAUUUUUAAGAUAUUUUUAACCUGCAGACAAUGUUUUUAAUCUAUUUAUUUUUUUAAUUUAUGUAAGUAGAAUAUGGCACUUAUCUCAUUCAGCUUUUGAUUAUAUCAUUAAAAAUAGUAUGAUAAAUGGAAUGCGUUUUUCAUAGAUUAUAUUAGUGUUUUUAAAGAAAGAAUUUGAUGUUAGAGAGCUAAAUGGGUUUGGCGCCAUUCUUCCUAGUUUUUAAUUACCUUAAUGCUGUGAAAUGUUGAAUGUUUGUAGUUUCUAUGUGAUGCUAAGAAGUAAUUUUAUGUGUGAAUGAAUAUGUAAUUUUAUUGAGAGUUGUAGAGAUUAAAACUUUUAAUGUUAGGCUUUAUUUCCACUGUCAGUGUUUUAAAAAAAUACUUCUAAAUUACAAUAUGCCAUUUGACAUUUCUAUUAAAAAACUCAAAAGGCAUUUAAUGUCAGUGGAAAUUCAGUCACAGUUACACCUAUGUUUGUGCUUUGUGAAACUGCUGUGUUAAUAUAGAGUAGAAUUAAAAGAUAAUUAUCAAUUACAUAUUUACAUGUCAUAGACGUAAUAUUUUCUAAGACUGUAUAUUAAAUUGUCUCUUCAAUUACAUAGUCUCAUGAUUUAAAUAGAAAAAGAAUGUAAGAAUUUGAUAUAAAAGUAAAUAUAAUUAAAAUGGGAUUAUUA